AAUCUUCGUAAUCUUAAUUAUUAUUAUUAUGAUCGGACGACGCCGAAGUCGCUGCACACGGUAUGUACGAGGCGGCGGCGGCGUUCGGUCGGUCGGCCGGCGAUAGGCCGUGACGUGUGGACACCACACGCGCGCGCCGCGACGUUAAAGCACACGCGUACUCGCGCCCCGACCGGUCCGCCGUCGCCGGCAGUCGCGUCGUCGUGUGUCGCCGCCGCCACUGACGCGCCGCCGCGUACUAUAUGGUAUAUUUGAAUAAUAAUAAUAUAACGCCACUCCGUACGCACACGCCACGGACACUCGCGCGUUCGUCGUCCGCGCUGACGACACGCGGUGAUUUGAUCGUCGCUUGCUGCCUACACACUUCGCCGCCGCCGGAGACGCGAUACUGUCCUCUAAUCACGUACUCGUGUGAUAUUAAUUAUGUGUGUAUAAUAUUUUAAUAAAACAAUAUAUUAUAUUAUUAAGUUUGCGCGCACGAUAUUCGUCCGUCGUCGUCGUCCGUGUUCGCCCGCGUAACGCGCGUCCAUCACAACGCAAUAUUUUUAAAUCGUUCGGUUUUCCUACGUCCCCCCCACAUUCUAUUCCCGCUGGACCGGCUGUCAUCCAACCCCCUCCCCCCAUAUCCGUAACCCCAGACCGAGCCGCGUGUCAUACACGCAUCGUAUAUAUUACAUAAUAAUAUGUUUCCUUAAAAUGUUGGACAGACCCCAAUGACCAUGGACAAUUGUGCGGCACUUAUCAUUCAAGAUCAGAAGUACUGUUACUUCCGGAAAGCAGUGCACUUUUGGGCGCAACAGGCACUGCUGCCAGCUGUUGUGGCCGUGGGCGUGGUGGGAAACAUGCUAUCCGUGGUCGUACUUACUAGAGAACCGAUGAAAAGCUCUACCAGCACGUAUCUGACUGCCCUGGCUGUAUCCGACUUGUUUUAUUUGUUAUUUGUGUUCACCAUAUCAUUUGAGAACUAUCCAUGGAUCGUCGAAGCCGAUUACUACAUUUAUUGGAAGUGGUAUCCUUACGGGCUUUGGCUUACCGACGCUGCUAGCAACACGUCGGUACUGUUGACCGUGUCGUUCACCGUCGAGCGGUACAUAGCCGUGUGCCAUCCUCUGCGCGGCCGCAUGCUGUGCACCGAGUCCCGGGCCAAGCGCGUCAUCCUGAUAGUGGCCCUGUUUUGCAUCGCGUGCACGGCCACCACGCCGUACGAGUGGCACAUAGCCAUCAACGCGGCCACCGGAAAGUUCCAGAAGAGCAGCACGGAACUGGGCCGGAACGACAUCUACAAGAAAGCGUACAACUGGUUUUGCAUCGUCACGUUCAUUUGUGUGCCUCUGCUGGUGCUCGCCGUGCUCAAUUGGUUCCUGAUCAACGCGGUCAAUCAGAGCCGCCGGAACCGGACGCGGCUCACCUGCCAGGGGAACAUGGUGUGGAACAGGCAACGGCAGGAGAACAAAAUGACCAUGACGCUGAUCGCCGUGGUGAUCAUGUUCUGCGUGUGUCAGACGCCCACGGCCGUGAUGAUGCUCACCGCGUCCGUGUACGAGCCGCCCGAGAAGACGCCCGCGUACUACGUGAACCGCGGCCUGCACACCAUCUUCAACUUCCUGAUGGUGGUGAACGCCGCUUCCAACUUCAUGCUGUACUGCGCGAUGAGCCGCAAGUACCGUCGCACGCUCAUGAUCACGUUCAUGCCGUUCCUGGCGGCCCGGCACGCGCGCAACGCUACGCUCCGGUCGUCGGUCAGCUACCCGCGAACCGGCACCAUUGUCCGGCGGAACACCGAGGUGACGCAGAUGACCGACAUCACCGGCGUGCCGUCCGCCGCCGCCGCCGCCGGAAAACGCGAACUGCUCGUGCGAUCCGGCACCGGCCACGGCAGACACGCCAACAACAACAACAAGCUGACCGCCACGGCCGUCCUCUGAGCGCGGUCGUACGUCGAGAGCCGCGAGUCCGCCCGCGGUCGCCCGUAUAUUAUAUACUGUACGCAUAGGCGCCCGCAAGGGGGGGCAAGCUGGGGCAUUUACCCCCCCCCCUGGCUUUUCAAAAAUAUGUUUUAAAUUGAAUGUUUACAGAUAAAUUACUAUUUAUUAUUUAACAAAUCCUAACAUUGCCCCCUCCUAAAAAAAUUUCUGCCGGCGCCUAUGACUGUACGCGACACGUCGUCGCACCGAUAAUAUACAUAUUAAUAUUAUAUAUGGUACGAUAUUUUACGUCGACCGCGAUCUGUCGGGUGAGAUUUCCGGUUUAGCUCGACUUUUGGUCGCGACGGACGACGAUAAUGAAAUAUACAGCGUAUAGUAUACAAUAUAUACAUGCAACUGCAGUGAACUCGAGGCUUUAUUAAUUAUUAAUUAUUAUUAGGUAAAACCGACGUCCGACUAGGUAGGUACGACGUAUAAAUAUUAUUCGAUAGGUACAAAUAACGACAACGUCUGUCACACACUGCUCUGCACAGUUAUUAUAAUAAUAUAAUAAUAAUAUAAUAUCGUUAUCAUAUUAUUACUAUAUACAUUUAUGCACCCGCACGAAUCGCGAUACUUACGUAUGACGUGCAGCCCUAUACUCCUAAAUCCGUACGAUACGUAGGUAAUCAUCGUAAUACACUACGCGGUAGACUUCCUGCAGAAAGGUCCUAUUUUUUUUUUACCGCGCACUUUUUUUCUACCGCAAUUCAUAUUAUACGACACGGCCAUCCCUGUUGUUGCAUUAUUGCUGCGCAUCGUCUAUAAUAUAUAUAUAUAUAUAUUAUAUAUACAUGCCUUUAGAUACCUAUUAAUCACCCCUUUACUAAUCGACAACGCGAUUUCCAUUCGAGCAAAAUGAUCGCGAUUUACGUUGAAAACGACCAAAUAGAUUUCUAGUGUAUAUAUAAAAUCGUUUUUUUAGCUAGGUAACCUACUCCUACGCGUAACGGAUACUAUAUAAGAAUCUGUCAAUACGCAUUGCUUUUCGUUUUCGAAAUUAUUCCCAAAAAAAAACAUGUAUAUAACACUAUGUAUAAAGGUAGCGUUGUUUCUAAGCCAUUUUUUCCACAUGUACGAAUCGAUAGGCGAUGUGGUAAAAACCAAAAAGUAUAUGUAAAGAUGACAAUUUACUAUCAUACGUGCCAAUACGCGUUAAAAAAAUAUAUCUUGAAAUAAUAUUCUCACAAUGGUAUGAUGGCUGAACGAUUUUUAAAUUUGAGGCAAAACAAAGAAUUAAUAUCUACCUACUCAAAAUAUGGAUUUGCACGUCUUAUUUGUAAAUAAUUAUUUUACAGCAACAAACUAACAUUAUUAUAUCUAUAGUAUUAAUACAAUUUAUCUACGCCUGUCCAUUUAAGAUUUAAGACAAUAGCCUAAGAAAACCUUCUUCGCACACCUCUCGUCGCCGAAAUUCCGAACCAGUGUUGCUACUGCGUGGCUCAACAGCCAACGCGUUAUAUAAUAAACGAUAAAAACUCAUUGAUAAUAUUUAUACUUCCAAUUCGAAAAGGAUUUUAUAACCAUUAAAAUAAUUUCAUGGCAGAGCAGCUGCAGAUUAUAUACAAUUUUAGUACAGCAGUCCCGCGUGUAGGUAUCUAUAUUAUAUUAUAUCCUUUUAUCUGUCCGCGAAAGCGUCGCUGAACACGAUUACUGCUGGCGCCAAAAGCAGUAAUUAUUAUUAGCUGGUAGCUAUAUAUAUAUAAAGUAUAUAAGUUUAAUAUAGUGACGCUAAUUACCAUCUCCCAAGUCUUGAGUUGAUGCAGACUCACACUGCAGUCACGCGUGCUGUACUUUACAUAUGUAUAAUGUAUAUAUAUUAUAUGUGUGUGUGUGUGUGUGUGUGUGUGUGUGUGUGUGUGUAUGUCGUAAAAUAUAGGUUCGUUCUUGCUAGCUACAUUCACGUAUUCUUUCUUGUAAGUAUAGGUAGGUACUUGUCCAAUUAACAUCAUAUAACUAUAAAAUAAUUGAGUUUUAUUAGCACAUAAAAUAAGCAUAUUAUUACAUAUACCUAAUGAUCGACAGCGCGUAAUAAUCCUCGGGAUCUAAACACACACACACACAUAUGCAUUAUAUUUACAUUAUACAUACGUGUGUGUGUUUGUAUGAGUAUUUUCGUAGACCCUUCAAGAAAAAUCAAGAAAAAUUAUAAUUUAUAUACAUAUAACACUUUAUACGAGAAUAAAAGAGAAAUUUAAAUGAGAUGAAGUCUUACUCCCUUGGGCUUUAAAAUGCUUGACAUAAAAACAAGGGUCCGAAUCAACGCAGAUAAUAUUGUAUUAUACAAUCUAGCUAUAGUGUCUCAGUGCUGAUACCGUUCAGUAGUCGUCGUUCGUGCAUUUAUUUUAAUGUUUUUUUCGGAUUCACGUUGAAAAUGUCAGGAAAAAUAAUUAGGUUGAAAAAUAACGUUAAAUUGUCCUGUCCUACCUCCUCCACGUCCAAAUACCAAUCUAUUAUCACGGUAACGUUAAAAUAUCAUUUCCUUGAAAAUUGGAAAAAGAUCAGAAUUCGGUUAAUCAACAGGCUUGAAAUUUUGAAAAGCGCGAUCGAUCACAUAAAUAAUGUUAUAAUACUUAUUAGCGUAGGUACUUUGUGGUAUGAAAAUUAAUAUAGGUACAUAAUAUUAGCACGAUUUAAUAAACGUAUAUCAAAUAGAGUUAAAAUUAUAGUUUAUUUUUGAUGCUGCAACCUGCCCGAUACUCGAACGCGUUUCGGUAACACUCGAUACGCAGAAAAUAAAUAAUAGGGAUGGACCAUUGGACCAAUAGGUAAUACUUUUUAUUGAUAUCCGACAUUCCAAUCUACCUACCUAUAUUAAUUGAUUAAUAACAAACAAAUAUUUUUGGAGAAAAAACAUGAGCUGAUACUAUAAAAUAAAAGUUCUAACAAUAUUAUACCUAUUCAAAAAACCAAUAAUUUAAUUAAACCACAUUAUUAACAUUAAUGAUUAUCUGUUUAUACUAAAAACCAAAAUUUAUUGAAUUUAACCCCCCCCCCCCUCCAAAAUUUGUUCGUAUCGGAAUUUAAAGUCGUAAUCCUUUAUAAUUUAAAUCAAAUUAAAAUACUUUUUUUAUUAAGUACCUAAGUGGCCAAGUGUUAUUCAAAAAUGUUAAUAUUUUAUGUAUUGUGGUACAAAAAUAACCACUGUAGAACGGUCAAAUUUGGAACAUUAUUUUAUCGCAGAGACAAGAUAAGCACGUCAGCAACGUUGAAUAACGUCAAUUAUUAUUUAAAAAUAUACAUGGGUAUGCUGACUAAGUAACUGAUAUAAUUGUAGGUACGCGUUAUAGGGAUUCAAAAUCAUUUUCAACUAUUUUUCAAGAAGCUAAUAAAUCAACAAACCAUUAUUUUGAUUCAGAUAUUUUAGGCCUUUGUAUUAUUAAAAACCAAAAACAUGGUGAAAAUUAUGAUUGUAACUCAUCGGAAAAAUACUAUAGAGCACUUAUAUUUGUACCACCAGUAAUUUAAUAUAGGUACAGUCUCAUUUUAAAUCUGGGUAACCGUUUUAAACAAAACAAUGAUUUUUGUCAUCAAUAAUUGAAAUCCUAUUAAUAAAAUGUUUCAGAACUUAAAAAUCUAAACAUAAUUUACGAAGACCGUGUAGGUAUCUGAAAAAGUGGUUAUGACUGAAUAUUUUUUAUGGUGUGAAAAAUGAGUAAAUGUAAAAAAACCCAUUGAAUGAUAGAUAAUUUGGAUGCAGGUGAUGUGAAUUUUUAGCCAAACAAAUGUUUUGUUAAACAUUGUUCAAGUCAACCAGUUUCUACAGCAACAGUAAAGCGUUCCUUUUCAAUAUUGAAACGCUUAAAAACAUUACUUCAUAUAAAACUGGAAAUGAACUUUAAUGGGACAUUUAAUUGAUUUUCUGUCAAUAAAUUUAUAAGUAUCCACUUCUAUAAAGGAAGUAUUGGAUACAAUAGCAAAAAAAAAUAAAUGAACAGACAAUUAAUAUUGUUAUGAAUAAUGUUAUAUUGUAUAUCCAGCAGUGUGAGUAAAAAUAGAUAUUAGUUGAAAAUAAUUAGAUUAGAUUGUAUUAUAAUUAUAAAAAAAAAAGGUUUUGUAUAUCAUAAACAUGUAAAAACAUACAAAUUGUACUUAAUCAUAAUUAUUUAUAACCCCCCCCCCCUCACCAUCCCUAAAAAAUAAAUUGGCUAUACUACGUACCUGAGCGGUUUAUAGAUAAUUCAAAUACGUUUAAUAAUAAAUUAUGGUUCUGAGUUGCUCUUAACAAACUGAAAUAUGUACCUACGGACAUUUCAAAAUAAUUAGGCAUAAGUAUACGCAUUGAAAUUGUCUAUGUAGGUACCAGUGUUGUGUCCAAAACUUUGUAUAUCAUAUUAUGCAUAAUUUAUGAAUAAAAAAACCUAUAAGUACUUACUCCAUGCCUAUAAGCUUGCAUGGCGUAAAUAAUAUUAUACUUGCAUUAUCCUCAACUCUCAUCAUUACGCGCAUAAUACAUUAUCAUCAUUAAUACUACACGUAGAUAUAAUAUAGUUAUAAAUAUAUGUGGUUUGUUACUAUUUGUUAAGGUGUAAGUAUAUUAUAGUACAUUAUAUUAUAUUAUUAUUAUCGUCGUAGUCUUUUUAACCGACCACGGCGUCGCCAUAAAAAAUACUCGUAUAUAUACGUAAGUGUAAAUAAAAAAUUAACUUAAUUAUACUUCCUCUCGUUUAAAAACGAUUAUCGUGUGUGAAUGUGUGCGUUUUUAAACAUAUACAAUUACAUAAAUUUUACCCGCGUGUUAAAGCCACCACGGCCAGGUCCGUUUAUAACCGUCGACCAAAGCGCCGAUCUGUCCUGCAUGCAUAUUAUACGCGUAUUAUAACGUAGUUUGCGGUCUCGUAUUAUUAUUAUUAUUAUUGUCAUUAUCGCAAUUACUAUUAUACGGUGUCCACAUAGCAACGUACACAAUUAAAUUAUGAUUACGGGUUCCUCACCACCCUCAUCCCCAAUAAAUAGAUAUGUGCUCACCAACCCUUAAAUUUAUAUUACUCUGUAAUAUAUAUCGUGGACAAAAAACAAAACCAAAAAGUCUUCUCCCUUCCCAUCUCCCAACCAGUAUAUAAAUGAGUUUCGAUGGUUCCUCUCCGCUCUUGAAUACAUAGUAUAUUUAGUAUACUCUAUAUGUAUUACAGUACUACACAACGCGUGUAGUAUAAUAAUUAUAAUCAUCGUUGUCGUACUUGACCUAAAAUAGGUGACUGGAAGAAUGGCGUGCGCGUGAACUAAAUUUUAAUUUUAAUAUCUGGCAACAAAAUCCGUACACGACGACGUUUUCCGUUUGCCAUUUACCGUUCGCUAUUUUUACACACUCAACACAAACGUUAAGUAGGUACCUAUAUACCGACAGGUCAAUGUGUACUGCGAGCGAUUUAUUUCCGCCUCGACACCGCACGCCACUCUCGCGGACUGUCGAAACUCAUCCACAGACUUGGAUAAUACUCGGAAUACUUUUUAAAUACUUUUUUAACGUCCAAACACACUUAAAAAAUAAUUUCAUUACUUUUUUCGUCAUUGAAGCUUUUGCACUUGUGUAUAGUUAUAAAUAAAACGAGAUUAUUAUACCUAAUAUUCAUUUAUAAAGAAUGAAUUGAAAAACAUAUAUUUUCGUCAUUGAAAUCUAAAUCUACUAAAAAAAGUAUUCCAAAUAUUUGGAAAUAUUAUUAUUAUAAAGUAUUCAAAUAUAUAUUCUGAAUACUUUUUUUUAAGUAUUUGGAACAUGUAUUCAAAAUACUUUUAAAAAGUAUUUUAACCAAGUCUGCAGUCAUCCAAUUUAAAAUUAUUAUAAUUAACACCGAAGUACACACAUCGGAAAAUAAUAUUAAUUUUUUGAGAUGUACUCUGAUAAGCUGUAAUAAAUAAUUAUCAUAUUAAUAUAUCUCAUGUCUCAUCGUAAAUAUUAUAACAUUUAAUUGAUAUAUAUCCUAAACAAUGAAUACACUAUUAGAUCGUCAUAAGUUAUUGUAAUUUAUAAAUAUUAUUAUAUACCUAAUAUAAGCAUAUCCAAAAAAAGAUACUAAUUUCAUAAAAUUAAAAGUGAAUGUUUCUUUUUUUUUUAAUUAUUAUUGUUACUCAAAUUUGUCUUAUAGAUGUAGAUUUAUACAAUUUAAUAUAUGUACCGUCUUAGAUAUAAGUUGUAAAACAAUACAAUACUGUAGUGACGUUUGAUUUUAAAGAUAUCAACUAAUAUAUUAUAAUGAUUAUCAUGUACUCAGGUACUCUAAAUUAUAGACGUGAGUUCGUUAAGAAAACCGCAUAAUAUAAUAUAUUAUAACUUAUAAUAUUAUUCUGUACAUUAUUUUUACGAUACCUAUUAAUGAUACUGUGCAUUUUUAGAUGAAUAAACGUUUAAAUUAUAAAAUAUACGAAUUCACAUUUACGAAAUAUAUAGCGGUGUUUGUUCAUGGCA